CUACAAAUCCCAGGUUCCAGAGGCACAUGCGCCGUGCUGCCCAGUGCAGAUCGGAGCGGAGCGACAGAAGCUGUGGAGAAUCCUGAAUGUGGGAGAGUUCUUUAGCUUUGGACCAUAACUGUAGGGACACUAAAUGGAUACUGCUGGGAUUAAAGAUCCGCUGAUAUAAUGGCAGUGCAAGGUUACCUUAUAUUCCAUAAGUUUGGUGAACAUUGAACUCCUACAGGGCAACAUUGCUCUGACGCAUGCUUGAUGACACAAUUAACAUUAUUCACUCAGAUGAAGCACUCUAUCCAUUGUAAUCUUAACCAGAAUGGUGUGGAUCAUGCUGUUUGCACUGAAGAUGUGAGUUUGCAGGUACUUGGAGAUCCAGAAGUAUUGAAUUCAAACGAUGAAAAGGCUUUAAGGAUAGAAUCAAAUGAUAGUCCAAAGAGUCUUCACGUGGCAGAAACUGAAUCAGUGAAGGCAAACCCUGGGCAAGUAAAACUAAGUAAACCAGUGGCUUUAUGGACCCAGCAGGAUGUUUGUAAAUGGUUAAAGAAACACUGUCCCAAUCAAUAUCAGACCUACAGUGAGUCCUUCAAACAGCAUGAUAUAACAGGUCGAGCGCUUCUAAGAUUAACAGACAAGAAGUUGGAAAGGAUGGGUAUUGUCCAAGAAACUCAACGACAGCAUGUCCUUCAGCAGGUUCUGCACCUGAGAGUCCGAGAGGAAGUCCGCAAUUUACAGCUACUUACACAAGCUUCACUGGAUAGCUCGCCAUAAAUGUGUGGUUCUGAAGAUCUUGCGACAAAUUCUUGACGCAAAGCAAAUCUGUGGCUUUCCACUCUGCUCCUAACCAGAAGUGCCCUCUCACGCUGGAAACAACUCUCCUAUAGUUAAAAAAAAGAUAUUCUGAACAAUGUUUGCUAAAGCCUUUGGGAAUACAUGGACUUUGGGUAUAUGCAAGUAAAUUAUUGAAACCAUCCAGACAUUAAAAAAAUCAAGAAGUUAAAUUCUUUAAAUAUGUCGGCUGACCUUUGUGAAUUGAUCUGAUGCUUGGAGACCAUAAAACUUUGAUUUCUCUGACA